UUAUUCUUUAGUGUAAUAGACAAAAUCAAACGACACUUCUGUUCCAUUCAUACUAUCUCCAUUUCGAAUUUAACGUUGAAAUCAGUUCAACUCUGAAUCUGAAUCUUCCCAUGUUAUAUCAUAUAUAUGUCAGCGGAAGCGUCUAAGCGCCACCAAUGGCAGUGGGAGAACGCCACUGCCGGCGCCGCUGCUGGAUUCGCCACCGUCGCUGUUAUGCACCCCCUUGAUGUUGUUCGAACUAGGUUCCAAGUUAACGACGGUCGAGUCUCGCAUCUUCCCAGUUACAAGAACACUGCACACGCCGUUUUCACCAUUGCUCGCUCCGAGGGAUUAAGAGGCUUAUAUGCAGGCUUUCUUCCGGGGGUUCUUGGGUCUACCAUUUCGUGGGGUUUAUAUUUCUUUUUUUAUGACAAAGCCAAACAAAGAUAUGCAAGGAACAGGGAGGGGAAGUUGAGCCCAGGUCUUCAUCUUGCCUCAGCUGCUGAAGCAGGAGGUUUGGUUUCCUUGUGCACAAAUCCUGUCUGGCUAGUAAAAACGAGAUUGCAGCUUCAAACUCCACUUCAUCAGACACGUCCAUACUCUGGGAUUUAUGAUGCCUUUAAGACCAUACUGAGGGAAGAAGGAUUUAGAGCAUUUUACAAAGGGAUUGUUCCCAGCCUGUUUCUGGUUUCUCAUGGUGCUAUUCAGUUCACAGCAUAUGAGGAACUACGUAAAGUUAUUGUUGAUUUUAAGAGUGAGAGAAGUACAGUACAUAAUCAAAACCCAGAUAAAUUGCUGAAUUCUGUUGAUUAUGCUGUUCUUGGAGCAACAUCAAAACUUGCUGCGAUACUGCUAACUUAUCCAUUUCAGUUGCUUUCUUAUGAGGCAUUCUUUCACCCCCUUUCUUUCAGGUUAUGCGAGCCCGAUUGCAGCAACGGCCUAGUGGUGAUGGUGUUCCAAGAUAUAUGGACACUUGGCAUGUUGUGAAAGAAACUGCACGAUUUGAAGGUAUCCGAGGUUAUUACAGAGGAAUUACGGCAAACCUGUUGAAGAACGCUCCUGCUUCUUCAAUAACAUUUAUUGUGUAUGAAAACGUUCUAAAAUUGCUUAAACCGACUACAAGGAAUGACUGAGUUUUUUCAUUUUC